AUGGUGGAAAUAGAAGAAAUAGUGACAGAUGAAGUCAUACAAGACCCACCAACAGAAAAUCAACAACAACAAGAACAACAAACAAAAAAACCAACACAAUUAAAUGAUGACGGAUUGGAUAGAAAAACAUUAUUUGUAAGAUCAAUACCUUUUGAAACAACAUCAGAUCAAUUAUCGGAAUUUUUUUCACAAUUCGUACCUGUUAAACACGCGGUAGUAGUCAAUGACGAUCAGGGGAAAAGUAGAGGAUUUGGGUUUGUUUCAUUUACUAUGGAUGAUGAUACAUUAACUGCAUUAGUUGAAUCAAGAAAGACUAAAUUUCAAAAUAGAUUUUUAAGAGUUGAUAUAGCUAAAAGAAGAGAUAGAAAAGAUAAAAACUCAAAUUUAACCACAAUCGAAAAAAGAGAGCCAAUAGAACCAAUAGAAAAAAGAAGAGCAAGAUUAAUUAUACGAAAUUUACCAUGGAGUUGUAAAAAACCAGAUGAAUUAAAAAAAAUUUUUGCAAGAUAUGGAGCUGUAUUUGAUGCUUAUAUUCCAAAAAAGAAAUCUGGACAAAUGAUGGGGUUUGCUUUUGUUAUAAUGAAAAAACAAGCUGCUGCUGCAAAAGCAGUAAAAGAAUGUCAAGGUUUGAAAAUUGAUGGAAGAGAAGUUGCAGUUGAUUUUGCAGUUGAAAAAUCAAAAUGGGAAAAAAUAAAAGAAGAGGAAGAAGAAGAUGAAGAGGAAGAUGAAGAUGAAAAUAAAGAUGAACAAGACGAUGAAGAUCAAGAUGAUGAGGUAGUAGUGGUGGAUAAUGACGAAGAGGAACAGGACGAAGAAGACGAUGAAGAAGAUUCUGCAUUUGGUGAUUUGAAUGAAAUAAAUUCUGAUGAUGAAGUGGAUGAUUCAAAUGAAGAGAUAAAGAUAGAAGCUGAUAGUGAUAUUGAAAUGGAGGAAGAAGAAGAAAAACCGAGAAAGAAAAGUAAUAAACAAGAAGCAUAUUCAGUAUUUGUACGUAAUAUUCCAUACGAUGCAGAUGAAGAAACUUUAAAAGAACAUUUUGAAUCAUUUGGACCUGUUAAAUAUGCAUUACCAGUAAUUGAUAAAGAAACUGGAUUAGCUAAAGGUUCAGCUUUCGUUGCAUUCCAAGAUCAAGAUGCUUAUUUAGAAUGUCUUGAAAAUGCUCCAACAAAUACAGGAUCUUCAUCAAUGUUAAUAGCUGAUGAUGUAUCACCACAAUAUGUAUAUCAAGGUAGAAUAUUAUCAAUAGCAUCAGCAGUAGAUAGACAAUCUGCAAAUACAUUAGCUGAAAGAAAUUCAUUGAAACGAAAAGAAUUAUUAGGUAAAGCACCAAGUGAAAAAGAUAAAAGAAAUUUAUUUUUAUUAAAUGAAGGUAGAAUAACAGAAAAUUCAAAAUUAGCUCAAUUUAUUUCAAAAACAGAUUUAGAAUUAAGAGAAAAAUCAUAUAAAUUAAGAGUACAACAAUUAAAUAAAAAUCCAACAUUGCAUUUAUCAUUAACAAGAUUAGCUAUAAGAAAUUUACCAAGAGCAAUGAAUUCAAAAGCAUUAAAAGCAUUAGGUAGAAAAGCUGUAGUACAAUUUGCAACAGAAGUUAAAAAUGGAAAUCGUCAACCAUUAUCAAAAGAAGAAGUUUCAAGAUCCAAUAAGCUGAAAAAGGAAAUUCAAGAAGAAAUUGAACAAAAAUCUAAAAAUUCAAAACAUAAAGGUGUUGUUAAACAAGCAAAAGUUAUAAUGGAAGUUAAAGGAACUGGAGAAGCAGGUAGAAGUAGAGGUUAUGGAUUUAUAGAAUUUAGAGAUCAUAAAGCUGCUUUACAAGGUUUAAGAUGGUUAAAUGCUCAUGAAGUAAGUAAUGAAGAAAUUAUAGAAGGUUUAAAUGAAGAUGAAAUAAAAUUAGCUAAGUUGGAAGGAUUAAGUAAAAGAAGAUUAAUUGUUGAAUUUGCUGUUGAAAAUGCUCAAGUUGUUAAAAGAAGAAGAGAAAAAGAAAUUAUAAGUAGGAAAUAUAAUGAUGGUAAUGAAGAUAAUAAAGAUACUAACAGAAAAAGAAAAAGAAAUAAUGAUGAUGAUGAUGAUGAUGAUAAUUUAAAUUCAAAACGUGAUAACAAAAAACAAAAAAGAAAAGGAUCUCAGAAAAAGGGUAAUAUGAAUAAAGGUAAUAUGAAUAAAGGAAGUUACAAAAAUAAAUCAACAACUCAAACUACAUCAACCACAAAACCAACAAAGGAACCAAAAAAUAAAUCAGGUCUUUCAGACAAUGUUAAAUCAAUAAUUGGACAAAAAAGAAAAAGAAGAAAAGGUAAAAAAUGA